AUGGCGCCGCGUAACCCCACGAGACGAGCCGCCGAGCCGCAGCACGUCCGCCGCAAGCACGCCGCCCCGGCACCGCCCUCGAGGACUCGGACGAGGAGGCGCUGGGAAGCGACGACCUGGGAAUGGAUCUACAACGUCGAGGAGCCGGCGCACGACGAUGACGGCGACGACGGCGGCGGCGAGGGCGACAGGAAGAGGAGGAAGGUGUCGGGCAGCAAGAUCGUCGGCGCGCGCAUGGGCAGCCUCCAGUGCCGCGUCGGGGAUUGCGUGCUCCUCAAGGCGGACGGGUCCAACGACGCUUGGGUGGCCAUUAUUUGCGAGUUCAUCGAUGGCGAUGCCGACGGCGCAUGGCUGCCAACUUUAUGUGGUUCUCGACCGAGAAGCGAGAUUCGACAAGGACAAGAAGCGCAACGAUUUCUACUGGAACGACUCUACAUUUCGCCUUCCUGGGACGCAACCCCUUGCUUCCAUCAACGGAGGCUAAGGUCAUGUCACUCGAGGCCUUUCUCAGGCAAGGUGGCGCGCCAUCUCCCCGACUUUGGCAGGACCUUCAUCUGCCGACGGGGCUGCAACACCCGCACGGCCACGUAUACGGACGAGUUCGUCUGGGAGGACAUCUACCGCGGCGGGGACGACGUCUUCGACCAUUGA